UGCGCUCUUGCGAUAGAAGUGGAGAGAUUUUACAUAAUUUUAUACGUUGUCAAUUAGUAGCUGAAAUAAAACGGUUAUGUUUCUAUGUAGUCUACGCGCUUGAAACGGAACGGACUCUCAGCAAACUGUUCAGCGGAAGAGAGCGCUAGAAGAGGAAGCAAUUUCGCAACUAUUGCGUGUGCUGAAUUUGGCCAUUAAAAUUUAAUAAUUAAUUUAAUAAUUUAAUAAUUAAGGCCAAAAAAUUUGGCAUUAUGUUAUUUUACCGAUUUGUGUUUAUUAUGUAUUUUUAUGUAAAUUUUGAUUUAGUUAGCGUUUUUGCACAGACUAACAAAUCUGACGAGAAUAAAUACAAGAAAGUUAUUAGUAAUUUGCUGCCUGCUUAUAUUGUUGCUUUGAGAGCCGAUCUUGUUAACUCAACUAUAUGCGGAAAAGAAUUACGAGACUUCCGAGAUGCCGUGGAUCAACGAAUAUUGUGGAGCUUGAAAAUACUGGAUUCUAGCGGUGGAUUCAAACCAGGCUUUCUUUAUGGAAAUAAUUACUGGCUGGGUAGUCGUAGUCAAUGUCUUGAUACGAUGAAUACAGUUCCUCUAGAUAUUGCAAAACGGCAUAUAUUAAAUAACACAAUAAUACAUCGUGAUCUACAAGAGGAAUUUCCGCCUUUCGAAGUAAAUUACUUUGUUGCUCAUUUUAAACACAACAGUACUCUUCAAUAUCACACAAAUUUUAACACUAAUAAAGACAUAAUUACGCUCGGCCUCUGUUUACCAGCAUCAUGUUCUAUAAAUGAUCUAAGGUUAAUUCUGGAAAAAAUAUCUUGCGACAGAAUUUUCUUUAUCAGUGACCUUUAUUCCAUGGAUUUGAAAUUGAUCGAGAUUAAAAAUUUAAAAGACGAUCAACAAUGGUCAUCUUAUAAUACGAUAUUUUUUAUCUGUGUUUUAGGGCUUAUUUUUUUCACAAUGAUAAUUGGAACAAUAUACGAUGUAUUUGUGCAUCACAAAUAUUUACUUUCAGAAGAUAAAACUGUAGCUAAUGUAAGGAACAAAUCCGAGGAAGUGGAAAUAACACCAUUGUCUACACGACAAAGUGGAAUUGGAAAAAUACUGAUAUGUUUUUCUGUAUACACAAAUACAAAAAUAAUAUUUAGCACAAAAUUGAAUACUGACGAAAUACCUACUAUUCAUGGUUUAAAAUUUCUAACUAUGAAUUGGAUAAUUUUGAUUCAUAUCAUAUUCUUCCAGCUGGAUUAUAUCGACAAUACAGCAUUUAUAUGGAGAAUAAUCUUGAAUCCCUUAAUUCAAGUAUUAUGUAAUGUAAUCGUACCAGUAGAUACCUUCUUCUUUUCAAGCGGAUUUUUAGUAACUUAUUUAUAUUUGAAAGAUAAAAUGGGCAAAGAAAAAACCAAAUCAACUAAUUACAAAGCAAAAAUAAAUGAAUUUUUUAUUCAUAUCAUAAAAAGAUUUAUUCGGUUGACACCUGCGUAUAUGAUAACGAUAGGAAUACUGCAAUUAAAUCGGUCUUGGUACAACAAGAAUUCACAAUUUUACGAAAGAUCGUACGAAGUUUGCAUGAAAUAUUGGUGGAGAAACCUUUUAUACAUAAAUAAUCUAUUCGAUCACAAGUCAAUGUGCAUAAAUUGGGGUUGGUAUUUAGCCAAUGACAUGCAAUAUUUUAUAAUUGCUACUGCAUUAUUAAUUUUGUCAACUAUGUACUUUUACACGUCUAUUGUCAUAUUGGGUGCACUUUUAAUCGGCUCUAUUAUAAUUACCGGUUAUAUUUCAUAUAUUUAUGAAUAUAUUCCGACGCUGAAUGAACAAUGGAGACUUCUUCAUGUCUUUUACUUCUCUCCAUGGACCAGAAUAGGACCAUAUAUUAUAGGCAUAAUUACAGGUUACAUUGUGAGAAAACUAAAUAAAAAAUUGGCUUUAAAAAAAAAAACUGUAAUUUUCUGUUGGUGCCUUGGUAGCGCGUGUAUUAUUUUCGUAUUGUUAGGCCUUUAUAAGCAAAACGUAUCUAUUCUGUAUGCUGCUGUCUAUGUUGCAUUAAGUAGAACACUUUGGGCCAUAGGUAUAGCAUGGAUUGUAAUAGCAUGUUUUACUAAGCAUGGUGGUAUUGUUAAUCAAUUAUUAUCGUCCAAAGUCUUUAUCCCUUUUAGUAAACUUUCUUAUUGUGUUUAUCUCAUACAUCCCGUUGUUAUACAAUCGAUUCGCUUGUCUAGUGAAACAUCUGUUCAUUUGGAAUUAUUGCCUAUGAUUAUCAUGUCUGCAGGAUACUUGGUGAUUAGUUACGUUUGCGCUUACGUAUUGGCUUUAAUGGCAGAAAUACCGUAUAUCUUGCUAAUGCAAAUGUUCCGUCAAUCUUGCAAUAACAAAAAAUAUAUAUAGCGCAGAGCGUAAUUUUGCUUGUCAAAUUAUUAAAAUAUGUAAUAUCUAAUAUGUUAUAUUAAAUAUGUAAUAUAAUAUAAUAUGAAAAUACAUUACUGUAAUUACAUUACUAAUAAUUGUUU